GUUAUUUAUUUUCUUCUCAGAGUUCGAACCAUUGUCCUCAAAUUCGCGCCACCGCCAGUGAACACACAACAUGUGCUCACAACCACAUUUCCAUUUCACAUCUUCUCCAGAUCAUUUUGCAGUGAGAUUUACAAUUUACAUUAAAAUUUAAGAACAAAAUUCCUUAAUUUGAAUAGAAUAGAAAGUUUAUCACAUUUACUUGACUUUGACUCGCAUUGUCCGAACAAGGAAGAAUUUCAUCAUGGGUAAAAAGAAGCCAUCCAAGGCACAAAAGAGAAUUCGUGCUGUAAAGCAGCGUGAUCCCACGGCCGUGAUAAACGAGGACGACUGGGUUCACCAUGAACCUGACGAUGUGAAACGGGCGCCGCAUUCUUUCAUCAUUUAUCGUGGAAAAGUUGGUCGCUACAUUAAAGAAUUGAUGAGAGAUUUAAGGCAUGUGAUGGAGCCUUUUACUGCGUCUAAUUUGAAGAUGAAGAAGGGGAAUGUGCUCAAGGAUUAUGUGUCAAUUGCUAGCUAUUUUCACGUCACACAUUUAUGUAUGCUCAGCAGAACUCAAAUCAGCCCAUAUCUCAAGAUUUGUAAACUUCCGAGAGGACCAACCCUCACAUUUAGGAUAUUGAAAUAUACGUUGGCUAGGGAUGUGUUAUCGUCCUUGAGAAAGCAGGUCACGUUUGAUGCUCAGUUCCAACACCAUCCUCUCUUAAUAAUGAAUAACUUCUCCAGUGAAUUAAAUGAACAUCAACUAAUUUCGACAACCUUUCAAAAUAUGUUUCCGCCCAUUAACAUAAACAAGGUUAGAGUAACGGAGAUUCGGAGGGUGCUUCUUUUAAACUAUAUUGAAGAAGAAGAUUCCAUUGAAGUUCGACACUAUACAGUCACAUACAAAGCUACGGGAGUUUCAAAGAGAAUCAAGAAAGUAUUGUUGAGUAAGCACGGAAAAAUUCCAAACCUUGGAAAUUGCGGAGAUAUUUCAGAAUUUCUUAACAGAGAUGGCGAUAUUUCUGAAAGUGAAGGGGAAGAUAAUACAGAAACGGUGGGUGUUCCUCAAAAAAUGACCAAAGUCUCGAAAGGUUUGGAAGAAGUCGGAAUAAAGCUAGUAGAACUUGGACCAAGACUUCGAAUGCAGUUAAUAAAAGUCGAAGAUGGUCUUUGUGAAGGGGAAGUUUUGUAUCACAAACUCAUUGAGAAGACUCCAGAAGAAAAACUUUUGAUAAGAAAACAGAGAAACAUUAAAAAGAGACAGAAAAAUGUACGAAAACGGGAACAAGAAAUGAAUAUUGAGAAAAAGCUUAAGGACAAGGAAGCACACAAGAGGCGUUGUUUGGAAGGUGCAGGGGUUGUUCAAGAUCAUAAAGAAAACGAAAACAUGCAGGAUGAAACAGACGCCGACUGGUACCGGAAGGAAGUCGGAGAGGAUCCUGAAGAAGGCAUGUUUUCUGAAACUCAGCAACAGCAAUCACAAGGUGACAGACGCCCCGGGAAAAGGAGGUCGGAAGGACAUCGAGGAGACGGCCUAGGCAACUUAGAAAUGCGUCCCAGGAUCAAUAAGUUUACAAAAGUAAAGGAAAAGGCAAAGCAAAUGAAAUUGGACAGACAAAGGAAUGCAUUAAGAGGAAGAAGUCGCGAUGGAAUGGGCCGCUCUUCCAGAGGUGGUGGACGUGGUCGUGGUAAAGGUGAUGGAACUUAUUCUAAGCCAGGAAGAGGGAAAGGAAUGGGUAGUAAACCAAAUAUGAGAGUCAGCGGAAAACGAGGCGGAUCAUCUCGCGGAGGAAGCGGUAUGGGUGGUGGGCGAGGUGGAUCUCGAGGAGGUAGCAGUGGAGGCAGGGGUGGUUCUCGAGGAGGAAGAGACGCAGGUGGAUUCCGUGGGGGCAGGGGAGGAUCACGAGGGGGUAGGGGAAUGGGUAGAGGUGGUGGAUCGAGAGGCAGAAGUUAAAAGUAAAUAAUAUCAGUACAUUGACUGUUACAUAAAUAGAUGCAUAUGUAAAUAUAUACAUUCAAAUUAUGGCUAUAUGUAAUACAAUUAUGUCGCUGCGCUGUACUUUUAGUUUAUACGACGUUUUAUUAAAUGUUAUUUUCUAUGA